GUAACUGUCCUAUAUAUAUAUCAUACCAACCCGGGUUCGAUUCUCACCUUCGCAUUGUUUUUUUUAUUUUUUACGAAAAAUAAAUGAGAUGACAUGGCAAUUUCGGGUUCUCUGAUUGGUUGAUUUUUCUAUACUAUGUGGACACCCUCUCCAUGGCUUAUAUCCCCUUUUAGUAUAGUAUAGAUAUAUAGAAAUAGUUAUAACCUUGUACUUUACUGUUAAUUUCCUACAUAGACCAUACAUGAUACAUCCUAGUAUCCUACAUGAAAAUACUGUAAUAAACCGUUAGAUAUUCAUCUAUGUAAUUAGUGGGUCAAUACGAGGAUAAUAUUAUAAUAACUAGAAAGCUCGGAUCUAUAUAUUUAAAUGUUUUGUAGUCAUUUGUGUUGGAAGUCAUCCACAACCGAGGAAAAUAGCAAGAAAAAAUAUAUGAUAAAUCAUGAUUAAAAUAUUACACAAUCAUUGUAAUUUAUAAAAUGAUAUUCUUGUCAGAAUUAAUUGCGAAAUCAAAAUAAGGGCAUAAAAUCUAUGUAAUGUAUGUAUGUUUAUGUGUGUGGGACGUAUCUAAUGAAAUUUGGACACAAUCUGAUCCAGCGAUGCAGUAGUUACUGAUCUUAAAACCAAAACAUAAAAAAAGAUUUUUUUUUCUUUCUAAAAAAGAUAAAAUAAACAUCUUAUAAAGAAGAGAUCACCAUUGGAGAUCUCUCCGAUUCCUCAGCUCAAAGCAUACCAACCAACCCCACAUACAUACACACACAAGUAUUGUUGCGUUUUCUCUCUCUAAGAAGACUUUCUCUUUCUACGUCUUGGUAUUAUUAUUUGUUUCGGUGUAAUACAUCAAGAAAUGGGUAGUAGUUUCUUUGGGAGACCAAAAAUGGGUGGAUCUUCGUCUUCAUCACCAACAUCGUCUUCUCCGGCAAAGAGAGGGAAGAACAAGAAUGGUUCUGACAAGCCUAAGCAGCCGCAGAGAGGUCUGGGCGUGGCACAGUUGGAGAAGAUUAGAUUACACGGCGAACUUAAUUGCAACAGUUUCAAUACUUACCCUUCUUAUCAUCCCUCAACUUUCAGUCCUCAGGAUGAUGUGAGAAGUCAAGGAGAAUAUCCAUCUAUACCAUAUUCAUCGUCGUCGGUUCAUUAUGGCAUUCAUCCAAACAUGAUGAUGAAUGCAAGUAAUGAUCAAUACGAGAGAACAACCACAAGAUACAUAGAUGCUCAGCCUUACAUAGCACCAAGUUGGAACCCGAACUACGGUAUCUUGGAGAGCCAACAUUUUGUGGAACCAAACACAACCAGACACUUCUUACAUGAGGUUAGUUUUUAUGUAGAAUGUAGAUACAUAUAUCAUGUGUCAAGAGAUUUAGUGGAACUUAAUUUUGACAUAAUAUCUGUGUUUAGUGUCUCAAAAUUGUGAUAAUAUAUGAAUCUUUGAAUGAUUUUUUCUCAUUGAUAUAGGAUCCGAGAAAUAACUCGUUCGGAUCGGAUAUUGAAAACUUCCAGACGAGUGACGCAACUGAGCCAGAUUUGGAGCUGAGAUUAUCACUUUGAGUAAUGAAUAAAUUCAUAUUAUUUUUAAAGAGCCCAUGGAUUUGUUACACUCAAAAAGUUAGACAAUAAUAAUAUAUAAUUUAGGUCAUCAUUUGAUUUGUGGGCAUCAGAUUUUGAUACCAUCAAGAUGUUUACCUUUUCGACAAAGUAUGCUUGUAAAUCUACAUGAUUUUCAUAUAUAUCAAAGUAGUCAUAAAGUCAUCUCCGUA